AUGGAGAGAGAAGGCGAAGGUGAGUGGAGAGAAGUGAGGAGGAGGGGGAGAGGAGCGAGCAGCUAUUCCAAAACUCAGAGAACCGGCGCUAGGUUUGACAACAAAGUGAUGGAAAAUAGUGUUUCUUUCUUCUUCAACAAUUUUCCGGAAGGGACUUGGAUGGAAACUCUUGAGAAUAGGUUCGCCAGAGUCGGUAAAGUUUUGGAUAUCUUCUGCCCAAGAAAGAGAUACUUGAAAGGCAAACCCUUCGGCUUCGUCCGUUUUGAGGGGGGAGCAGAUAUCACCCGCACAUUGGAGGAACUGAAUAACAUCUGGAUCGGAAGUUACAAAAUGAGAGCAUACGUUCCAAAGUUUGAGAGACCGAGGACGGAAGAGCAAAAGAAGAGAACUGAAAAUCGACCGGAGGUGCAGCAGAGCAGGUUUCCGGUAAGUAAAACAGAUCAUAACUUCGCACGACAGGCCCAUCUUAUCCCCAAAGGUCUCAGACAAAGCGGAAAAUCCUUCGCUGAAGCAAUAGGCGGGUCGGCGGUUCCUCCGGCAGACGAGAUUAUUGGGUUCCAAACCACGGAAGAAGAAAGAACGUGGCUUCUCAAGUCCUUUACUGGGUACGUUAAGUCGGAUUUUCUGUGGGAAGACUUUGAAGAAGAAAUCAAUAGUGAAUGUGCCUCGAUGCUUAGGAUCUCAUCUCUCGGAGGAAACCUUGUGAUUAUCCAAAGCAUCGAUCAUCGACCGGUUCAGGAGCUGCUCAAUGGUCUCGACGAAUGGGUCAGUUUCUGGUUUGAAUGGGUUAGGCCCUGGUCCUACGUCGAUGUCCAAACCCAAAGGACAGUAUGGACUAAAUGGCUUGGGGUGCCAUUACAGGCUUGGAACUCAAGGUUCUUCCAUCUAGCUUGCUCUAAAAUGGGAAUGGUCCUCAAAAUUCAUGAAUCCACUAAGGAAAGGUCCCGCCUUGACAUGGCGUUGAUCCAGAUCUCCACGGGACUGGGGCCAAUCGACAAGACCCUUCAAUGUAACAUUGAUGGAGCUCGUUUUAAGAUCCGGGUCGUUGAAUUGCAAGACCAAAAUGCGUUGGAAAUUCCUUGCUCCCAGGUCGCAGAAACUGAAUCGGAAGACUUCUCGUCAUCGGAGCUGGAGGAGGAGAUGGAGGGGUCCGGGUCUCCGGCGCAUGCGCAGGUUUUUCACGGCGGCCCGGUUCAAUCUCAGGAUGGGGGGGAGAUUGAAUCAACUCCGGUCCAGCCAGCGAUCGCUUCGUUUUCUGUUCAAAAUGCAGCCGACUUCCCUACUCCCGAAAAAGAUUGUCAGCAAGCAGUUAUGGAACAAUCAGCUGGGUUAAGGAAUCAAUAG